AUGUGUAUUAAUUUUAUCUGUAAGAGACUAGGGUCAAUCCCAAAAGGGUGGCAGGCAGAUUCCAAAGCACAACUGCAUUUUCUUCGAAAUACCACUCCAUUUAUCGUCAGAUGUUUCUCGACAUCCAACAAGCAUUCUUUCACAGUAUCUUACCUCGUAAACUCAUGUGGGUUGUCCCCAGAAACUGCUAUUUCUGCAUCCGGGAAGAUACACUUUGAGAACCCUAAAAACCCAGAUUCUGUUCUGGCUCUUCUCAGAAACUCUGGAUGUACCAACACCCAUAUCACCAAAAUUGUAACCAAGUUUCCUUCAUUGCUUUUGGUCAAUCCUGAGAAGACCCUUUUGCCCAAACUCGAAUUUUUUCGUUCUAUAGGCUUUUCUGGUGCUCAUCUGGCUAGCAUUCUCUCUUCUAAGCCAAGUAUCUUGAGUAGGAGCUUAGAAAACAAUCUAAUUCCCAAGUAUAAUUUCCUCAAGAGUGUACAUAUCAGCAAUGAAGAUGCCAUGAAGGUUCUCAAGAGGUCAUGCUGGAGUUCUAGUGGAAAUCUGGAGGAGACCAUAGCUACUAACAUUGCAGUUCUGAGAGAAAUUGGAGUUCCCAUAUCCCAUAUCUCAUUUUUAGUGGUGCGUUAUCACACAAUCUGCCAAAGAAGUGAUAAAUUCAGUGAAAAUGUCAAGAAGGUUGUGGAAAUGGGAUUUAAUCCUUUGAAAUUUACCUUCCUGAAUGCACUCCAAGCAUUCUGUCAAACGACUGAAUCAACUCGGCAGCAAAAAAAGGAGAUCUAUAGGAGGUGGGGUUGGUCUGAAGAUGAGAUUCUGUUGGCAUUCAGAACUCGUCCAGAAUGCAUGCGAUUGUCUGAGAAGCAUGUUAUGAAAGUCUUGGAUUUCCUUGUGAACAAAAUGGGUUGGCAACCUGCAGCUGUUUCUAGGGAUCCAGUAGCCAUCUGCCUCAAUUUUGAGAAGAGGGUUGUUCCAAGGUGUUCAGUUGUGAAAGUUCUGUUAUUGAAAGGGUUGGUAAAGAAGGAUAUGAGAUCAUCUACUUUUCUGAAGCUCACUGAGAGGGAUUUCUUGGAUAAGUAUGUAAUCAAACAUCAGGAUAACGUUCCUCAGUUGUUAGAUCUAUAUCAAGGGAAGUUAAUGAAAUGGUGGUUAAACCAAGCUUCUGUUGGGGGUUAUUAA